AUGCAUGAUCGUGCAUUGAUGCAGUUGCUUAUUGCAACUCUUUCUUCUACUGCGAUUUCUUAUGUCAUUGGAUGUACCAGUUCUCAUGAUAUGUGGGUUCAACUGAAAGAUAGAUUUUCUACUAUAACCAAAGCUCGAAUCUUUCAGAUGAAAAGUGAACUUCAGACUAUCAAGAAGGGUUCAGAACCUGUCUCCCAAUAUCUGCAAAGGAUAAAGGAUGCUCGAGAUCAUCUUUUUGCAGCUGAGGUUUCUUUUGAGGAUGAUGAUAUUGUGAUCUUGGCUCUCAAUGGUCUUCCUUCUGACUAUAAUACAUUUCGGUGCAUGGUUCGAGGCAGGGAAAAUGUGUUAUCUCUUAAAGAUUUUCGAUCUCAAUUGAUUGCUGAAGAAGCCACUCUUGAACAAACUAACUCUGCAUCUCCUUUUGUCUCUGCAAUGAUGGCUCAAAAUCAGACAUUUCAAGGCAAGGCUCUUGUUCUUGAUGAAGGUAUCUCCAAUUCUCAGCCUCAAGGUUAUCCUUCUGGCUCUAAGUCUGCUCCAUCUUCUCAUUUUCCCUCUGGUUUCAAUGGGGGUUUUAAUGGUAACCAUGCUGGUUUCAAUGGUUCCAAUAGUGGUUGCAAUGGUCACAACACUGGUGGUUACUCUAUCAAUCGUGGGUCUCAUUUUAAGGUUCGAGGCAGAUGUCGCAGUCAUUAUCAAUCUGGUCCACGCCCUUAUCAAGUUCAGCCUACUUCUAGCCCUGUUAUUCUUGGUCCUGGCACUGACAUUCCUACCUGUCAAAUUUGUAGCAAGAAAGGCCAUGUAGCUGCUGAUUGUUAUCAAAGGCACAAUCAACCCUCUACUCCUACCUCCUCAGUCCAAUGUCAAAUUUGUUGGAAAUUUGGGCAUUCUGCCAUUCAGUGUUAUCACAGAGGCAACUUCUCUUACCCAGGCAAACCUCCUUCCACCAAUCUUAGUGCCAUGCAUGCCAACUUCCCAUCUUCUUCACCUCAUGAGCAAUUUUGGGUAGCUGAUACUGGAGCAACAACUCAUAUGACUUCUGACUUGUCUCAACUCAGUUUGGCUACUCCUUUCUCAGGGUCUGAUACUAUCACUACUGCAGGGGGUUCAGGUUUGAGCAUUUCUAAUAUUGGUUCUUCCAUUUUGGAUGUUCCACCAUGUUCUUUACAAUUAAAGCAGGUUUUGCAUGUGCCAAAGCUUUCUCAGCAUUUGCUAUCAAUUCAUAGGUUAUGUAAAGAUAACAAUUGCAGAUUUAUAUGUGAUGCCUUUGGUUUUUGGAUUCAGGACAAGAUCACGGGGAGUGUUCUUCUCAAGGGACUGUGUAGAGCUGGCUUGUAUCCUAUUCCUUUCUCCCUUCCGCAAUCCAAUAUUCAACAAGCAUCCUUUUUUCACAAGAAUCAUUUUUGUUAUCUUGGCCAACGGGUCAAUACAAGUCUCUGGCAUAAACGUUUAGGUCAUCCCUCCAACACAAUCACUUCAGCUCUCUUACGUCAGUCACAAAUUUCAUUUUCUUUAGACAACUCCAAAUUAGUCUGUACUACUUGUUUAGAAGGCAAACUUGCCAAGCUCCCUUUUCCUUAUCCAGCAGUUAAAUCUAUCAAACCUUUAGAAGUAAUUCAUAGUGAUGUCUGGGGUCCUUCUGCCACAUUAUCUAUUGAGGGUUUUAGAUAUUAUGUUAGUUUCAUAGAUGAGUGUACUCGAUUUACUUGGAUUUUUCCAAUGAUAAAUAAAGGAGAGGUUUAUUCUAUUUUUGUCUAUUUUCAUGCCUUCUUGGUUACUCAAUUCUCUGCUACUCUUAGAGUUUUUCAGAGUGAUGGGGGUGGUGAGUACCUUAGUAAUAAAUUCAAACAUUAUCUUCUUACCAAGGGUAUUGUUCAUCAAAUAUCUUGUCCCUAUACCCCUGAACAAAAUGGCCUCGCUGAGAGAAAACACAGACACAUUUUAGAGACUGCAAUCACUUUGUUACAAACUGCCCAUUUACCUUCUAAAUUUUGGUUUCAUGCUUGUGCUACUUCCACCUACUUGAUCAAUCGCAUGCCUUGUCAAAUUCUUCAGCUCAAAUCUCCUUAUUUUUUAUUGUAUGGUUCUUCACCAGUCAUUACUCAUUUGAGAAUUUUUGGUUGUGCUUGUUUUCCUCUGCUCAAGCCUUACAAUACUCACAAACUUUAG